UCCGUCGCGUCCAGCACUUCAUUGCAGGUGUGAAUAAUGACUAAACAUUUUCAAAUCCGUGCUGUGGGGAAAUUACAAGUAUAGUUUUUACAUCACACUUUUGUCAAGGAGUCGGUGAACGACGGUCGGCUUUCAUUUUUCUCGAUGAUAUCAUCCUAAGUUUAUGAUUCACUGCCAUAGCAAGUCAGCACGAGCUCCACAGCCGGAAAAAAGGUUCGUGAAUGUGACAUGAAGAUUAACCUAGGCUUCAUGUCUUCCUUAUGUCACAGUUCUCCCGUUUUUGGAAAUAUAGUUUCCACCUCCUUCUCCCAAGUCUACAAAUAGCUCUGUUUCACCUUCCCUUCGAGGACCAAUUCAAAUAACAAAUCCAUGGCCAUGCACUCUCUAGAUCCUACAGAACAACUUAUAGCUGAUGGGAUGAAUCCCGAAUCCUCUAGCAUGGCUAUCAUCUCAUCCUCCAUCAUAUUAUCUUCUCUCCAAAUCGUUUUUGUGAUAGCCCGAUCUCUCUCACGACUGCUAACACAGGUUCCGCCAAUCUGGGAAUUGGAUGACCAUCUUAUUAUUGUAUCAUUAUUUCUCAAUCUAUCUUUGGCUGCAUUGUGUUUAGUUGCGGUAUAUCUUGCUGACAUGGGUCAUCAUCUCCUCUGGAUUCAACCCGUCAAACUAGUCAUCGGACUUAAGGUUCUCUACGCCAUCGACCUCAUAAACAUUCUCGCUCUUAGCAUCCCCAAAUUAGCCAUUCUCUUUCUCUACAAACGACUAUUCAUCAUAUCCAAGCUGACAAACCAUGCGAUAAAAGGUGCAACAUAUGCAGUUUACUUCUUCAUCAUCGUUCUCGAAGCAAUAGCAAUUUUUCAGUGCGUACCAAUCUCCGACGCUUUCAAAACAGGGCUGAGGAAUUCACAUCGAUGUAUCGACAAUACGGCUGUAUUGACCUGGGCAACCGUACCCAGUAUCAUGACUGAUAUUGUGAUAUUUUUGAUUCCAGUUCCGGUGGUUUGGAAACUCAAUGUUCCGUUGAGAGUUAAGAUUGAGUUGGCGGUAGAAUUUAUCAUCGGUGGAUUUGGUAUGGUAGUUUGUGCAGUCCGCCUCUCGGUAUUUUUGCGGAUACAACACCUGCCAGAUUUUACAUAUGUAGGAGGAGAAUCACUACUCUGGCUGCAGUUACAACCUGCUGCAUACCUAAUUUGCGCGUGUUUACUGCGCUGCCGACCGUUAUUUGAAGCGAUCAUUGAGACGAUUUUUUGCAGGUCGCCGAAAAUGAUGGAAAGUCCAGCGAGCAGAUCGGUUCCUAUGACUUCAGUAAAGAUUGCUAUGUCGGAGGGAGUUGCUGAUGAAUGGACGAAUGCUGAUAAUAUUAAAAUUACGAAGAUGGUAAAGGUACACUUGGGUUAAGCGAGCUAGGUGGGUCUGUGGGUGCUUAAGCGAGAGAGAGAUCCUGAAAUGGAAGGGAGUUAAGUAAAUGAUGGGUUUGGAUGAAUUAAG